GUCUACAGUCAAGAACGCGAGUGAACCUUCGCGGCCGCCGUCGUGUCUCCGGCGCUUUCCUUGCUCCGUCAGUUUCUUGACUUUCCUUCCCAGUCCUGCGUAGCUCUGAUCUCGGUUUUCUACUCCCGCUCCCUCGCCUGUCUUCUGGUCAACAUGUCGGAGUACAACGCGGUGCCGCCGCCCGGUUCCGGGCCCCCUCUCGGCGGACAGACAGCUCUUGGGAAUGGAGCAGGAGGCAUCAAGAAAGAUGCCUUUGCGGACGCGGUGCAGCGGGCCCGGCAGAUUGCAGCUAAGAUCGGGGGUGAUGCUGGUCCUCCCAUGAACAACAACACAGCAUCAGAUGGCUUUCCAUUCACUGCACAGAAACGACAGCUGGAGGAUGCAGAUGAACCAGAGAGCAAGAAACUGGCUGCACAGAGUGACUUGGAAUCAGCUAAAGCACUGUCUAUUGGCGCACAGCUUGCUGCCCUUGCACAACAAAGACCUGCCUCCACCACAGAGGAGUACAGUGUUCCAGACAGCAUGGUGGGACUCAUUAUUGGCCGUGGAGGUGAACAGAUCAAUAAAAUUCAACAGGAGUCAGGUUGCAAGGUUCAGAUUGCUCCAGACAGCGGAGGCCUUCCAGAAAGGAGCGUCUCUCUCACAGGUUCCCUCGACUCUAUACACUCUUCCCCGGCUAGGAAAGCCAAGAGGCUGUUGGAUGAGAUAGUGUCACGAGGGAGGGGUACACCCCCCUCUUCUUAUCACGAGUCCACCAAUGGGCAGAAUGGCACGGUUCAUGAGAUGAUGAUCCCAGCUGGCAAGGCUGGCCUUGUCAUUGGCAAGGGAGGAGAGACUAUCAAACAACUACAGGAGCGUGCAGGGGUGAAGAUGAUCCUGAUCCAGGAUGCCUCUCAGGGACCCAACGUUGACAAACCCCUGCGCAUUAUCGGAGAUCCAUACAAAGUCCAGCAAGCCCAGGAAAUGGUGCAAGAGAUUCUGAGGGAGAGAGACCAUAGCGGCUACAGUGAAAGAAAUGACUUUGGCUCCCGAAUGGGAGGAGGCAUGGAUAUCCCAGUACCACGACAUUCAGUCGGUGUUGUCAUCGGACGCAACGGAGAGAUGAUCAAAAAAAUCCAGAAUGAUGCUGGAGUUCGGAUACAAUUCAAACAAGAUGAUGGGACUGGUCCAGAUAAGAUUGCCCAUAUAAGUGGUCCUCCUGACCGCUGCGAACAUGCUGCCCAGAUCAUCAACGACCUGCUGCAGAGCAUCAGGGUCAGGGAGGAGGGACAGGGGGGUCCCCCAGGUCCUCCAGGCAUGCCUGCAGGCAACAGGGGUCGUGGCGGGGGACAAGGCGGUUGGGGUCCCCCUGGAGGGGAAAUGACCUUCUCUAUUCCUGCCCACAAGUGUGGGCUCGUGAUCGGCCGGGGGGGAGAGAACGUCAAGUCCAUCAACCAGCAGACAGGGGCGUUUGUGGAAAUCUCUCGACAGCCGCCCCCCAACGGAGACCCCAACUUCAAGCUGUUCAUCAUCCGGGGCUCACCGCAGCAGAUCGACCACGCCAAGCAGCUCAUUGAGGAGAAGAUUGAGGGUCCUCUGUGUCCUGUGGGCCCGGGGCCAGGUGGACCAGGCCCUGCUGGUCCAAUGGGCCCCUACAACCCUAGCCCAUACAACCCUGGACCGCCUGGGGCACCUGGACCACCACAUGGUGGUCCUCCAGGUCCUCACCAGUACAAUCCUCAGGGCUGGAGCAACACCUAUCAGCAGUGGCAGCCCCAGGCACCGCAUGACCCCAGCAAGGCAGCAGCCAAUGACCCUAACGCAGCCUGGGCAGCCUACUACGCUCAGUACUACCAGCAGCCGUCGGGGGCUGUGCCAGCCCAGUACCCAGCAAACCCAACUGGAGGUGCCCAAACAUCAGGGGACCACACCCAGCCCGCACAGACGCCGGGGGGCCAGCCAGACUACACCAAGGCCUGGGAGGAGUACUACAAGAAGAUGGCCCAGGCAGGUGGCUCAGUUCCUGGGACAGCAGCUGCAGUCCCAGGAGCAGCAGGGGGAGCAGCAUCCACAACGGGAGGCCAGCCAGACUACAGCGCAGCCUGGGCGGAAUACUACAGGCAGCAGGCUGCGUACUAUGGACAGACAGGACAGGCUCCAGGCCAGCCAGCCACUCCCCAGCAAGGACAGACGCAGUGAGAGUUCAUAGCAGAAGAUCUGAUCCUGGAGAGAAUCAAGAAGACGGGAUCAAGAGGACAACCCUGAACUUCAGGAUCUAUGCUGUUAAGUUUGACUUUUGUUUUUUUGUUCUGAGUGGAAGUAAAACCCUUCCUCACCACCAAACAUCACCUGGAUACUUUUUAAUAAAAAUGUGAACUGAACAGACGUUCUAGUGCUUUGCUCCUGAGGGGAGGGAUAAGACUGAUGAUCCCAUCAUGGCAGGUACACAAAGCUUCUCAAUGCCUCUGCAUACAUUUAUAUAUGCCCUUAUAAACAAUGGAAGCCUUGAAACGCCAAUACAUCUGUCUCAUCUUUCUUUUAUUAUCUUUGAAGACAUCUCAGAACCAUUUUUAAAGCCCUAAUCCUCAUAUCUCAGUGUUAUAUUUACUGAAUUGCACAGAGCUAUUAGAACUAUAAUCAUAUUGUGUAUCUGGUACAGGUAAUAAAUCAGAGAAAUACAUUUUAAAGCUCAUUUGUUUGCUGAGUGUUUUGAUGUUUUGUUUUGUUUUAAUUAUCACAUUCUCUCUGGUGAGGCUUGCAUGGUGUAACUGGAUUUAUAUUUCUUUGGUUUAUGAAAGAGUUCACCUACAGUACUUUGUAUGAGUGAACGGUUUUACGGUGUAGUAGUAGAUUUCCUCUCUACAGUGUUGGAUAAUGCAUGUGGGAUGACUAAUAAUUGUUCAAAGUUGGUAGAGGUAGAUGAAAAAACAGGUAAUAAAGAGCAGGGCCACCCUUCACUUGCAGAAAAGCUUCAGUCGGCCUUCUACUGGUGAAUAAAAGUCCUUAACUGUGUGUAAUGAUGUGAAAGUGUUCUCUGAGUUAUAAAGCCAUGCGGUUUUUUUAGGGUUGAAGUGUGAAAAUCUUGUUCUUCUUCAGAUGUUCACAUAAGCAUUUAAUGGUUUUUAUGAAGAUGUUUUACUUGGGGAGGCAAUGAAAGCUACUGGACUUAAUCCUGGUGUCCUCAAAGAUAGAAUGACAUGUUUUUUGUUUUUUGGGUUUUUUUUUUUUUUUAAAUUACACAUAGGUUGCAGGAAUUUUGCUAAAGUAGGAUGCUUGUUUCACGUUGCCAUGAUUCAAGACUCUUCUCUUUGCCUCAGUUUGUUUUUGCAUUUUUAUCAAAUGUCCAUCUGCAGUUUACGCACCUCUUCUGCUUCUUCAAACGUCCAUUCUGGGUUCUAACAAGAAACACCGGCUUACUGUGGGUGGAAGGCCAAAAUGCAAAGAAAAACAUACAUUUUAAAUUUGGCCAGCUUGGUGUUCCAUAUUGCUUGGAAAACUCUAAAACUGAUUGUCAGACUUUCCAGCGGGCAUUCGUCCUCAAGCAACUGCAUCUGUCUUUUUCAUGUAGUGACUUGUGUAAUGUGUAAGUGUAAUGUUUUACAUGUAGUUCACACAUCUGCAGGUUCUUCUGCAAUGGGAACAUGUCACAUAAGGCUACACUCAAACCAUCCAAACCAUGCUGUGAUUUUGUUUCAUCUCAAGGAUGCAUGUCAUUGCUUUUUACUUUUUUAUGGAUGCCAACACGAGUCUGAUGAUCUUUUGCCUUCUCACAGUCAUUGUUUGUGUGCAAAAGAAUGAAAUUUAGUCUUCCAAUGUGUCCCACUUUAAGAUAUAUUGUAUAUGUAAGUAUAUUCAGCAAUAUAACAGGCUGUUGGUAUUGACUUACAGAGAUGUAUCAGGUAUGAUUCUUGUAUUCUGAACGGCAGCUGUGAGCCUGCCUUUGGCGGCAGUGUUGAUAUUGUUAAUAAAUGACCACCAGCAGCAAUA